AUGUGCACAUUGUCAUCUUCCGUGGUACACUUCAUUACAGCGUUUCCAUUUCAAACGGUUCUCCGUGACUCUGUUCUCGCCCAAAUCCAAUCGGCCUUGGAUGAGAAGCUGUCUCAAUCACCCAAGCGUCCGGUGCCCAUUGUACUUCUGUGCCACCGAGGGAAUAAGUCGCGUAUCGCCGCCACCCAGCUGGCAAGCGCCCUUCUCUCGUUUCGCCUUCGUAAUUCCCGGACGCAACUGGACUCCAUGGACACAGAUGCCGUCUUGAUCCCCAGCGACCUAGCAGAGGAGGGGACGGACUUCGUAGUGUGCGAUGUUGCCGGUGGUCUGGCGGCGUGGGCAACAGAGAUCGAUCCGAAUUUUCCCGUGUAUUAA